GUCACUGGAGUAAAAUAGCUUCUGAAUUGCCACAUCGGACUGGAUCCCAAUGUCUAAGCAAGUGGAAACUCAUGAUUGGGUCUAAGAAAAGAUCUAGGCCAGCAAAACGCCGACAUGUGCAAGAGAGUUCCAGCUCUUCAGAGAGUAGCAGUGAAGACAUAGAACUGGACUUAGCAGACAGUUCAGAGGAGGAGAUGACAAGCGAGGAGGAAUGUGCAUUCCCCAGCAUUGAUUUGUGGAUUCCAACACGCACAAAUACACAGGAGUCAAACAAAGGAAGAUACCAAACUCCAUCUCUUUUCUCGCCUGUGAGUGCUGAUGCAAAGACCGGUAGCAAUGAAGUUCCAAGUGCAAUGUGUGAUGGAGACAAGGACAGAGUUGCCAAUAAAUCAGAGUUGAACACCCUCCUGAGGGGCAUUGCACGUCCACAUUCAACGGACAUCGUUGUGAAGAAUCCAGUAGAAGUAAUGAACAAGGCUUCCAGAUGUGGAAAGCAAGUGCUACAGGUUACCCUGGAGAAUGUGAGAAGAGUAUUAAGAAAUAACACGUGCUUUCAGAGGAAACUUCAAUCAAAGAUACUAAAACCUUCUGCCACCACUUUAACAAAAAUACCUGGAGUUCGUACUGCUGUUGGCCAGAAGCUUCAGGGGCUGCAGAACAUCACAGAGAAAACUUAUCGCCAAGAGAGAGAGCGUUUGAGAAGAAUGACCCUUGACAGAAAGCUUCUAAUGGCAGUAACACCUUGGGUGGGCAAUGUACUACUCCCUUGCACCUUGCAAACUGGGAAGAUGGCUUUUCAUCAGACAAAAGCUGAUUCUAUUCAAGAGAAGAUUAAGUCAGUCAGGCUUGUGAGCACUCCCCUGUUCACACUUUUCAUUCAGCUCUUUCAGAUUGAUACCAAUGGCUGCAUGAAGAUUAUUCGUGAGAGAAGGCUAAAGCAGUCAGAGCUUCUUAGGGCUAAUGCAAGAAGGCCUCAGCAGGCUUCCCAAAAUAUGGAGACUUCUUCAGGCAAUUCAUCACAACCUUGUACUCAGAGGAACUCCCAACGGGGUGUACCAAGGAAUGCUGUCAGGAGGCCUGUUGCCUUAAAAGCAAGGGAGACUUCUGCUGCUGUCUUUGAGAACAGCAGUCCUGCCACACAGGCAGCUUUUCCAGCCCACGUGCAAAGGCAGAAGCCCAAAACUGUCUCAGAAUUACUGAGAGAGAAGCGGCUAAGAGAAUCCCGGGCUAAGAAAGCUAUGCAGCGGACAGUAUUUGUUGCCCCACAGGUGCUGGUUUCGGGGCCUCUGAUAAUCCAGCACCCACCACAGCACAUCAUUCCUUCUGCACAAGCAGGGAGUAAACCUGCAGCAGUUGGUUGUACAGAUAGCCAAGUACACUGUGCACCAGCUCCAUUGCCAGCAUUUACUUCUGUUGCAGGUUCAAAUUCUACAGCUAUUGUGCUUGAAAACCAUUCCUCAUCAGUGCCAGAAACUGAGGAGACCCCUGGUUCUUCACAAGGGACAGAACUACAAUCCAAUAAGGAACUAAAAGAGCAAGCUUUGGAAAGUAGCCCUGAAGGAGGGCUUUUUCCAGGCAUAAAUCCAGCUGCAGCAGAGAAGGCCACAAAUCAGGGAGGGUGCAGUGGUCAAGUCCUAGCUGGUAGCUCAGCUUCAGUAGUGUUGCAAAACCAAGCUUUUGUGCCACAUCAAAUUACAGUGGUGCCUGUUGGCAUUGAGUCUGGCACCAACAAAUUGUCUCUUUCCACACCAGUUACCUGUGAGCUGAAUAGUAAUGGGCCGCAACAGAGGCCAGUCAGUCUUUUGCCUGCUCUUGUAACUCCACAAACUGGUUCACAUGUGAUUCCCAACAGCCUAUUGCCUUUCACGUGGGUUGUAACGCCACAGGCUUUGCUCCCUGCUGCUGUACAAACUGUGGUGGGUGUUCCCCAAGGACUGCCAGCUGCUGCUGUGAGAAGUCAGUGUCAGACAACUGUGACUUCCGAUGGCAAUGUCUCUAGCUUAGGGGUGCCUCCUGUACCAGCUGGAGCAAAUAUGCCUCACCCCAGCAGUGCAGAGGCAAAAGCACCAACUGCCCAGUUAGCAGAAGGAGUACCUUUGGGAAAGACAGCUAACCAUUCCACAAUUCUCUUACCAAUAACCUCAGCGAGUCCUGGAUUCGCCACAUCCAGUGUUUCUUCUCCAACGCCAGGAUGUUCAGAUGGCUUCUCCAAGGCAUCUGACUCCCCUGCAGCUCAGACCACUCGUCUAGCUGAUGCACCAACCCUGCAGGCUGUGCUGCUGCCCCAAACACAGCUACCUGCAAGUGCUCAAGGGUCUGAUUCCCAGUGUGUGUCAAGUCUCACUAGCUUGGGAAAGAGCCAUGACUCCAUUACAACGAAUGGGUCCUCUUCCAAUCCAGGCAUCAUCACAAAAGGGAUUGUGCUCCAGCCGGGAGAUCCAGUUCCCCAUAACAAUGUCCCAAGGAACUCUGAUUGCUUUGCCACACAAGCAUUGAAAAAUAGACCUAUUGCUUCCAAACCUCCAACUACGCAGCCUGCUGUCAGUCCACCCCAGCCAACCACUUCCAGUGCGGAAAAGAAUUUACUUGACUUUAGCCUGAUUUCCCUUGAAGAUGAGGGGCUAGUGAAGGAGUGGCUGAAUGGGAAACAAGGUGUCCAGGUACCAUCACUGCAAACCAGGUUGCCUUAUUUGCCACCUUUUCUGUGCAACUUGAAAACCCUCUCAAAGCUACUUCUGCAGAAAGCAGCUCUAGAAGAGCAAGCAGCAUGUCUUCUGCCUUCUGAUGCCAAUCAGGAUGAGGGCACUGGGGUUGAUUUGCACGCUAUCGAAGAACUGGUGCAGCAGAAACUGGGUGACAACCCUGCUUACCUCCUACUGAAAGCCAGAUUCCUAGCAGCCUUUACACUCCCAGCCGUACUAGCAACUCUGCCUCCUCCAAAAGUGACAACAACUCUGUCAGCCAGCAGGAAGCAAUAUGAAGAGAGUGAUGAAGAGGAGUGGCAGAGUGAGAAGGAAGCGUCUGAGGAAGAUAGUUGUGAGAAUGAAUUAACAGGUGUACGGUUGGAUGGGACAGUUGGUGAUGAGCCUGGAGACAACGAUGCUGAUUUACUAAAUCAGGGCAUGGGAGCUGAAGAGAUUGCUGUACAAUCUGUCUUGGACUCCUGCACUGAUGUGGCUGAUCCCAGUGCUCCUCAAAUCAGGAGAAGUGCCCGCUUCAGGAAAAGGAGGAGGAUGUGA